AUGAGUGGUGACGAUCGUUGUUCCGGAAUGUCCGAGGACGAUGGGGGUUCCUCUUCCUCAUAUCUCACCAACAGAAACGGUGCCGGCGAUUCUUGCUCGACUUUUCCCGAUCUAGUCCUAGAAAACGUUCUCGAGAACGUUCUCUGCUUCUUGACUUCACGACGUGACCGAAACGCCGCUUCUUUGGUUUGCAAGUCGUGGUACCGUGCGGAAGCGCUUACCAGAUCGGAGGUCUUCAUCGGAAACUGUUACGCUGUUUCGCCUCGCCGUGUCACCCACCGGUUCAGGGGGGUUAGUUCUGUGGUGAUUAAGGGUAAACCCCGGUUCGCUGAUUUUAGUCUUCUGCCGCCGGACUGGGGUGCUCACUUCACACCUUGGGUCACAACCAUGGCUGAGUCUUAUCGUGCGCUUGAGAAAUUGUACCUUAAGCGCAUGUGUAUCACAGAUGAUGAUCUUACUAUGCUGGCUUUCUCGUUUCCUUGCUUUAAAGAACUGGUUUUGGUUUGUUGUGAAGGGUUUGGAACUAGUGGGCUCGCUGUUGUUGCCAGGGAGUGCAGGCAGCUGCGAGUGCUUGAUCUGAUCGAGUCUGAGGUUUCUGACGAUGAAGUGGACUGGGUUUCAUUUUUUCCAGAGAAUGAAACUUGUCUCGAGUCUCUGAUUUUCGACUGUGUUGAUUUUCGCAUUAAUUUUGAGGCAUUGGUGCAAUUAGUGGCAAGAUCACCUUCCUUGAAGAAACUUAGGCUCAACCAAUAUGUUUCACUUGGGCAGCUUCACAAUCUCAUGAUUCGAGCUCCACAGUUGACCCAUUUGGGUACGGGCUCAUUUAGGCUGUUGGAAAAUGUUGCUCAUAGUGUCCAAGAACCAAAUUAUGUUUCUGCUUUUGCUGCUUGCAAAUCGCUAGUUUGUCUUUCUGGGUUCCGGGAUAUUUUUGCAGAGUAUUUGCCUGCAAUUUAUCCAGUGUGUGCUAAUCUCACCUCUCUGAAUUUUAGCUAUGCGAACAUCAAUGCUGAACAACUGAAAUCGGUCAUAUGCCACUGCCCUAAACUCCAGAUCUUUUGGGUACUUGAUUCAAUAUGUGAUGAAGGCCUUCAGGCGGUGGCUGCCACAUGUAAGGAUCUUCGUGAGCUUCGGGUGUUCCCUAUUAAUGCUCGGGAGGAUAUUGAGGGCCCUGUUUCUGAAGUUGGUCUUCAAGCAAUUUCUGAUGGCUGUAGGAAACUGCAAUCCAUUUUGUAUUUCUGCCAGAGGAUGACGAAUGCGGCUGUGAUAGCCAUGUCGAAGAAUUGUCCUGAUCUUGUGGUGUUCCGUCUUUGCAUAAUGGGGCGGCAUCAACCUGACCACAUUACUGGUGAAGCAAUGGACGAGGGUUUUGGAGCGAUUGUCAAGAACUGCAAGAAGCUUACUCGCCUUGCCGUAUCUGGUUUACUGACUGAUCAAGCUUUCAGUUAUAUUGGACAAUAUGGGAAAUUGGUGAGGACAUUGUCAGUUGCUUUUGCUGGGGACAGUGACUUGGGGCUGAAAUAUGUGCUUGAGGGCUGUCCUAGGUUGCAGAAGCUUGAGAUCAGAGAUAGCCCCUUUGGAGAUUCAGCUCUGCCCUCUGGUUUGCACCAUUAUUUCAACAUGAGAUUCCUCUGGAUGUCAUCUUGUAGAGUAACACGCCGAGGUUGUCAGGAGAUUGCUCAACAAUUGCCCCGACUGGUUGUGGAAGUGUUUAAUUGGAAUGAACAGGAAGGAAGGGACAUGGGUGAUUAUAUUGACACAUUAUACAUGUAUCGGUCUCUUGAAGGGCCGAGGGCUGAUGCACCAAAGUUUGUGCAUAUAUUGUGAACUUGCAAGAUGAGAAGUUGUUGACAUGUUGGCUUCUAAUCAGUUGUAAAAACUCUUAAUGUGGGGAAAUGAAUGCUAUGAGUGGCUUUUAUUAGCCAUGGGGAGGUCCUGCAUACCUUGUUGAGCAAAGAUGGUUUCAAGUUCAAUUGAACUGGCAUUCAAAGCGGAAGCCCUGUAUUUGUUUCUUCAAUGCUGUUGAUCUAAGUGGGGUUGGUUUGGAGAUGAAUCUCUCUCUAAGGUGUUGGACCAUCCAAGGAUGUUUUAGUAGUCAUCUAAAUUCUCUGUAUAUCUCUGCUUCAUAUUCAUUUCAUAAUAGAACCAUUUGGAGGUAGCUAGAGGUCGUUGAGCUGCAACAAAAGCCGAUUGCAUAUCUGUUUUGUACCACUGGGUCAGAUUGUUUUUCUUAAAUCGGAAAUGGGUUUGAUUUGGAGAUUCAGAGAUGGGAAGUUCAAACCGAUGGCAGAGGAUGAAGUAUUCUCUCUUCUUAUAGACUUGAGCCUGCUUAUUCUUAUUCAAAUCAUAGUUUUAAGACUACUUCCAAGUUGUACCUGGUGAGAACUAAACUAAUCGCCAGAAUGAUACAUCUCUUACACUCUCCGUCUCUCUCUAAAAUUGAUUGUUUCUUUCAGAUGUGUUGUUCUUAGCACCUGACAGUUGAAUUUAUUAUUUUUAUUGUUAGAAAUAUGACACGGAUAAUAAAUGCCAAUAUGCAUGGACCAGAU